AUGAGCUCCCGGCCCCGAAGUAUGAGUCGUUCCAGCGGUGACGGGUCCGAUCAAGAACACAACCAGGAGUCCAUCAAUUACACAGAUCAUUCGGCAGUUACCAACCGCGGUGCACCGGCACGUCACUCCCGCCGCCAGCGGUCCGAGUAUCGAUCAUGGAAUAGGGCGAGCGACAGACCGACCAAGGGAACAACGGGGUCAAAGUAUCGAUCCACCUCGAAACAUUGA